AACAGAACUGGAUUUAUUUCCCUGUCCUCCAGUUGUGAGAUGCAGGAAGCUGGGGGAGAGAACCACUCAACAAUGGUGACUUUUGAGCAUUCUGCUGGCUAUGAACACUUUCCCAGGUUACCUCUUGGUAUAUGCUACAAGGUCCCCAAGAGCAGCUCUUUCUAAAGCCUUGCCUGCAAAAUCCUGCAUGCUUGCUUCAACUACUUUCUUCUCCUUCCUCUGCCAAACAACAAGGGUAUGAUAGUGAAGUAAGACUCUCACUGAUGCAGGCCUGGCCACUUACUUAGGGGCAAGGGGAAGUCUGCUGGAGUUUCAUAGGCCUCAUUUUUUUUUGUAUGUGGCUUAUGUACAUUACUGGAUUAGAGCAAAUGGGAUACAAAGGAACAAAUACCAGGAUGCAUUGCUUUUGGAGACUGCCAAAAAAGGAUGUGCCACUGAUGGAGUCUGAAAAAACCAAAGGAGGAGACCCUUUUUCCUCAGCAACCCACAUAUAUAAUGAAUCCUCUAAUCCUGCACCAUCUAGAAGGCACCAUGAUAUCCCAGAGUUUAUCACUAUGAGUAAUGCUUCUGAAGAGAGGGUGGUGGUGACAGCAGAGGAGGAAGAGGUCUCUUUUUCUGAAGACCUAGCACUUCUCUUUGUUGUGAAAGAACAGAUAUGGGACAGACUCUCUAACCCUGUAGAAAGAGAGACAAGUGUGAGACUGGAAAGAGGCCAGAGAGAUCCAGAGAACUGGGGAGGAUUUUCAGAGCAAGAAAAUGAUGUCAACAUACAAGAAGUCAUUUUGGAGGAUAACAGGGAUGCCCCCUUGAAUUAUCAUCAGGGAGAACUUAAAGCUGCUCAUUCCUUAAGGGAUCACAAGUCUUCCCUUUUCAGAUCAACUUCCCUUGCGCAGAUCCCAGGCACUCCCAGUGAGGUUGCAGUGAGACAGGGAAAAGGUCAAACCCUUGUUGUUGGAUUUCCCCAAGCCCUGAACCUUUAUGAUACAUUCUCUCAGACAGAGAGUGAGGUAACAGGCACUUUUUCUGCUCAGGAGGAAUCAGCUGAUGAAUAUCCCCCAGUGAGUCAUGAUAUUUCAAAGUAUCACCAAAAUGCUGAGUCUUCCAAAGCCAGAUUAGAUGAAGAUCACUCAUCAGAACUAGAGCCACAGCAUGAGCUUGACAAGAGAUAUAUGCCAAAUAUGGAAGCCACAUUGGAGACCGAUGAGGAGAUGCCUUCUAAAACGGAAGGAUCUGGCCAGAUACAUUCUAAUACUUCCACAAAGGAUGAAGAGGGUAAUGUAAUAGAGCUAAAGAGACAAGUAGAGGAUGUGAAAUCUUCUGCUCUUUUCCAGUCAAAUUUUGAAUCUUCUAAGGGUAGAAAUGUAGAUGUGCAACAACCAAAAUCCAAUGAAAUGUUGUCUCUGCCAUUCUCUAAGAGAGCAGACAGUAAUUCAGACAUGGGAGAGAAUUUGGAAGAAUUGGAGCAAAAUUUAUUUAUUUGCACUGUCCUCCAUCUAGAGGAGGAGGAGGAGGAUGGCACAGUACAAAGCAAAACUGAUUCACUAAAGAAGACAAUCAAAAGAAAGCAUACUAAAAGCAACACAGAUUGUGGUGAAUUAGAAUCUUCUCAGAAGGAGGUAUUAAAAUCACUGGAGUCAGGGCCUGCAGAAAUGGAGCCACUGGAGUUGGUAGACACUGAACUGAAUGACGAGGGCCUGGAAUGUAAAAGAAUGGAGAACAAAAUGGAAACAGAGCAGAAGAAACUUGAAUUGGGACACAAUUACCAGGAAGACCAAGAUUGGUUUGUACAAGUCGCAAAAGCAAUGAAGCAAGGGGUAGAGACAGAAUUGACUGCCCCGCUAGUCACACUGCGUCUAGAUUCAUUGUAUAAUCUGGAAAAUAACUUGGCUCUGCCCGGUGUAAGUAUGAACAGUUCUUUGGUUGAGGCUGAAGGAUUUACCUUCUCUUUCAAGGAAUUCUUGACACCAGAUCACUGUCCAAAGUCAGUCUGGAGACAGGGCUCUGGUAAUCCACAAAUAACAAAAGUGAAAACUUCACUACUUGAACGUCUUCCCCCAGAGUGUGAGAGCCCAAGGUCACAGGCUCUAAUAAGUCUUGACUCUCAUAAACUAGAAUCCUUUGUCAUCUAUGACCAAGCAGGUCAUAGUGUCCAAGACAAUGGACAACCUACUGAGGAAGACAGAAGUACUCCGACUGAAAAAGAGGACAGUGAAUGUGCUGGAUAUGAGACCGGUGCCAUGAGUGUUAAUGAUGAAAAAAUGACACUAUUCUGUAGAGAUUCAGCAGUAACCCCUGGUCCACAGAUCCACCCACAUGAUUCUAAGCCUGUAGAUCACCCUAUUGAUAUUGAAAUCCAUAUCCCUACCUCAUCAUUAGGGACCUCAAUAGCAGUAGAUCCUCUGGAGAAAGAUGCUGGCAAGGGAGCCAAAGAUGCUGUGUUGUGUGAAGAAUCAGAAUUCAUACAAGAACCAGCAAACCAGAAUCUAUUUAUCUCCUGCCAACUGGAUAUAGUGGAUUGUGAAGAAACCUCCGCAUUGGACAGUGAUGUAGAUGUCCAGGCUCCCAGCAAAAAUGACACAUCUGGAAAGACCUUACAUGAAGUUGCUCAGAGUAUUGCCUCCGAGAUCAUCCAAUGUGUAUCAUUAGGAGAGAGGCUGUCCAAUACAGUCAAACAGAGUGUAGAAUUUAGCCUUGAUUCAACUUUGACUACAUUGGCUCCAGCAUCAUUCCAGGCCCAAGACACUACCAUAAGUUAUUUAGAGAAAUUCCAUCAGCAUCAAAAAAUCUCAAAGAAGAGCUUUGCAAUUCCAGGAAAGGAGGAAGCAGGAGGAGAUACACUUUUCAUGAAGCAACAAACUUCAACCAGUGAAUCACCAUGUUUUUUAGUUCUUGAAGAGGAUGAAACAGAAUGUGAAAACGCCUCUCUCAACACUUGUUUUACAAUAACCACAGAUAUGGCUCAGCUCACAAAGCCUUUGACCCCAGUGCCUGUCUCUGAUCAGAUUGUGCCUCUAGAGCCUGUUUCCAGCCACUUAAAUCAGCUCACAUCAGCUGUGUCAGAUGAUUGCAGAGAGCCUGCUCAGCUUGUAACCUCUCCACCUAAUGCAGAUAGCCUUGCUCAGUCUCCAGCUCAUACUCUUGAUCCCAGUCAGCUCCUGGAAGAACUGGUCUCUCCCAGUCAAACUUGCCAGUCCACUGCCAUUAAGGCUUCACAGUCUUCAGCCCUAACACCUGACACUGAACUUUUUGAUCAGCCUUCAGCCUCUGGAGUCAAUUCCAACCAACAUAUUACACAACCGAUACCCAGUUCUGACCAGUCUUUAUCCCUGGAGUAUUAUGCCAACCAACCUGUUUCCAUGCCAAUCACUUUCAAAAAUUCCAGUCAUUCUGUGUUUCCUGCACUUAAUCCCAAUCAGUCCAGAAAACUAGUUAACUCUAGCCAAAUCAGGGAACCUGUAGCUCCUGAGUUUAACUUCAACCUUCUAGACUUUGCUCAUAGCAGGAGACAUCACAUUUCACAUCCAGGGUCCAGCUUCAACAAGCCUUUAGCUUCUGAUGCCCAACAACCAGCUGAAGCACCGGAGUCCAGUCUACCUAUUCAUUACAUAGAUGGUGAUGAUCAGACACAUACUCUUGUGCCUGUUGCCAACUGCAGUUCUCAGACAACAUCCUCAGUUCUUGAAGGUGAACACCUUGCCCAGAUUCCAAACAUGGACAGCAAAUUGGAAGAAUUCUCUGUGGUACAAUUGGCCAAAUCAGUGGGCGCAGGUACUUCCCAAGGUCAAAUUGGCUGGAAUAUAAAUGAAACAUCCAGUGACAUGGGGGUCACUCUGUUGGACAUACACUCAGAUGCAGUCAUUUCAGGAAAUGAUGCAUUAGUGGAAGACCCCUUCUAUACCAUUCCUGAAACAAUGUCUUGUAUUAUAAAUAAAAUAAAUAUGCAUGAUUGGAAAUCUUCAUCUGAAGACACCUUGCAUCCCUCAGUAAAAAGUCAGAAAAUGCCUGAAGCUUCAGAGGCCAAAGGUUCAUUGCAUUCUUUUCCACCCCUAGCUUUCAGCAACCCAAUCCACUUCUUCCAGUGUGGCCCUCCAUCACCACCAACUGUGAGACCCCCAUGCAGGCAACAAGCUGUCUCUCAGGGGCCACAGCAACAGAGAGAAAAUGCAAAGAGAGAUGCAAAGGUCACAGCAGCAUCUAUGGAUAUGUGCCAGAUGGCAGAAAGCAGUGGAACAUUCUGGAAGGGCUUGGAAAAAUCAGUGAUAGAACCAGUUCCAGCUGUGGUUCAUAGGAAGGAAGGAGCAACCAAUCAUCUACCCUUAGAGAAAUCCUCUAGUUGUCCAAAUAAAAGUGUCAUUGAGGUGGACACAAAAGAACCAGCAUCCAAUUCAAAGAAACAGGAGGUAUUAAUCAAACACCGAGCAAAAAGCAAAGAUUGGCAUCGACAUGGUGUGAGAAAGAUCUCAAUACCAACAGACAAUCCAUUAGGAAUGCUACCGUCUUUUAUCCCGUCAAAGGAGGAAGUCCCUGCACACAAAGAAAAAUCAGUCAAUAUUGACAGAGCUAACUAUGGAGAGAAGAAAUUAAAUGAGACAGCAGAAAACAUAAAGCGGCGACGCUCCAAAUUAAUCAACUCGUCAAGGUUGCUCUACCAGGAAUACAAUGAUGUUGCACUGAACAAAGCCAUUCAAAGUCAAAAGAGAGCAGAUUCCUUGUCUGAAGAUUCGGAGCUAUUUCCAAGGUUACGAAGAAAAGCACUCUCCUCACAAGACUCCUACCUACAACGCCUGUCAGUUUCGUCCACCACAUCCCUCUGGCAGGACAUCCCCAUGGUCCGAGGGAGCGCAACGCUGCUUAGCAUGACACGUGAAGAGCAGAAGUUGCAGGAGGCCAAGUUUGAACUUAUUGCAUCAGAAGCCUCAUACCUGCGGAGCUUAAAUGUGGCAGUGGACCACUUUCAGCACUCCCAGGAACUCCAGGCUGUCUUAACUAAUCAAGAUAAACAGUGGCUAUUCUCCCGCCUUCAGGACGUACGUGAUGUUAGUGCCUAUUUCCUGCUUGACCUGGAAGAGAAGCUUGAGGAAGACAUGUUCACCUUCAAUGUGUGCGAUGUGGCUUUGAGGCAUGCCCCAGAAUUCCACAGGGUUUACUUGCCAUAUGUGACAAACCAGACCUACCAGGAGCAAACCUUUCAGCGGCUACUGAAUGGUGUCCCUGCUUUCCAACAGGUUUUGGAGAGACUAGAAAGUGAUCCUGUUUGCCAGCGUCUCUCCCUCAAAUCCUUCCUCAUCCUCCCAUUCCAGCGUAUUACAAGACUGAAACUCCUACUCCACAACAUAUUGAAGAGAACGCGGCCUGGUACUGAUGAAGAAGUACAGGCCACUCAAGCAUAUGAUGCACUUGAGAAGCUCAUCAAAGAUUGCAAUGAAAAUGUCCAACGCAUGAAGAGCACUGAGGAGCUAAUCUACUUAAGUAAAAAUAUGGAGUUUGAAUGCAAGAUUUUCCCACUUAUCUCACAGUCAAGGCGGCUGGUGAAACGUGGGGAACUUACAGCACUGGAGUAUAAUCUGAGCUUGAAGUGGAAACUUACCACCCGGCCCAUCUACCUGCAUCUCUUUAACGACUACCUGCUCCUGUCUCGGCCCAGAGAGAAUGGCCAUUUUAUUGUAUUUGAUUAUGCUGCCUCCUCAGAUGUGCGUGGAGAGAAGUGUGAAAUGAAACUACAUGGAGCAAACAAAAAUGUGUUCCGCCUCUUCCUGCUGCAGAACCAUCAGGGGAAAAAAGUAGAGUUCCUCUUCCGUACAGAAACACAGAGUGAGAAGCUGAGAUGGAUUUCUGCUCUUAUGCCACAACAAGUUGAACCUGAUCUCUUGGAUGACUCUGAUGCAACUCAGGUUCAAUGUGUGAGGCCAUACAAAGCCCGAGAGAAUGAUGAGCUGGCACUGGAGAAAGCAGAUAUAGUUAUGGUCCUGCAGCAAAGCAGUGAUGGAUGGAUUGAAGGAGUAAAACUCUCAGAUGGGGAAAGAGGCUGGUUCCCUUCUGAUCAAGUGGACUUAAUCUCCAGCAAGCAUGCACGCCAGAUGAAUUUGAAGGAGGAACAGCGUGUGAAGUAUGCCAAACAACAGGUCUUUCGUAGGAAAUAGGAUCUCCUUUUCCCAAGAAAAACAACUUUAACAUCAUCUCCAUUGUGGCUCCCUGGACUGCAUUUGCUUUUCAAAUAGAGAUCCUCCUGGAGGCCAACAACAAAUAUUUAGUUCCACCAAUACAGGACAUAAUAUUUACCAAAGAAAUUUAAAAAACUGAUUUCAUGGAAAGUGCAUCACCAUAACUAGAAAAAUAACAGAAGAAAAAAGCUGCAUUAUUUUUGGCUUGAUAGCUGCAAAGAAGCAAUACAGUUGGGAACUGGAUGUUAGGACUUCUAGGAAGCUAUUAUUGACUCUACCUUUGUUCACAUGCAUGAUCUCCUCACUCAGGACCUUUGCUUCAACUUCUGCUCUCCCAAAUGAUGAUAUUACUUACCUCACAGAAGAUGUGAAGCUAACAUUUAGUAUUCAAAGAGCUUUGAAGUCCUACAAAAAGAAGAUGCUAAGAAAAUGCAAAAAUAUAUUUUAUAGGUAUUGUUAUGGAAAUGAGCUUUUCCAUUUGAAAUACUUCAUAUAUUUUAAUUGCUGCACAUUUACUACCAAAGAAGAUAUUAUACACAUAUAUGGACAAAAGUGAGUCCACCUUGAACUUAGCACCUGCUUUAACAGCAAAAUUUGCCAAAUUCCUAGUAGUCACCUUUUUCUGGUUUGCUCCUGUGCCUUUUAACAGUAACCUUACACACAGAAAUGUAGCAGGUGAAAGCAUUUCCCACCAUUUAUCUCCAUCUCAGGAAUACUUCACCUGCUAUUAAUUUCUGUAUAUCAGGGUGCAGUUAAAGGAAUAGGACGAAAACCAGAUAAAAAGUAGUGAGCUACUUUUUAUACAAGAAAAUUGACUAAGUAUAGGGAAAUAAGACACACUUGUCAUAAUAUCUCCCUUGCUUCUUUAGUUAUGAUGGAGACCUACGUUUUCUUAUUCUCAUCUUGAAACUGAACAUUUGGAAAUGUUAGUAGCCAGCCCAAGAGGGAGUGCCUUAGAAUACAUGAGUCCAUGAGUCUGAUGGGUGACAUAUCAGAGCGUCCUGUAACAACUGAUAAUUAACCACUUUGUGCACGCCAGUAGAUGCUGCUCCUCUCAAGGACAGAGGUUACAGCUCAGUGUCAGGACACAUACCUUCCAGGCAGAUGGUUCCAGGUUCAAGUAGCAUAUGAUGGAAAAGAUUAUUUGAGACUCACUGCCAGUCAUGAUACUGGGAUAGAUGCACAAAUGGUCUGACCUACUUUAAGGGAGCUUCCUAUGAUCCUAAGGCAGUGCAAUCAGCUGUGGAAACCAAGCAAGACAUAACUCAUGUCGUGGGGCAAUGUCAUCUUUAUCAGCAACCAUUCAAGACAUAACUUUGUAAGAAAACAGCUUGCAAAGCCUGGGACAGGCUUGGUGUGUAUAACAGUAUAUUUGACUUCUGUAAUGGCCUGGUCAGACACACUUUAGACCACUGAAAUCAAUGGGCAUAGGCCUUGUUAAAUCCACAAAGGAUUGCAACCUAAAGACACUUGGUCUGCCUUAACCCGACCCUUCCAGCUCUUAUUAAAAGUAUAAAUAUUUGGUAUUCAGAUGUAUGGAAUGGCCCACAAACCACUUAAAUGGACUUACAACCAAACCCCCAAAACACAUUA